UAGUGUACGUGAAUCAUUAAGAAAUGGCUUACAGAUUCCCCCCACCACCCAUAAACAAACUGAAUUGUGGGGUCGUGUCACCUCCGUCUGUUCCAACAAUGAACUUUAACAUUCCUCCGCCUGGGUUCAGGUCUCCAUGGCUCUCUGAUGCUCAUCUUAGUGAGCCCCCACCGCCAUAUCCGUGGCCCCCCCAAGAGCAUUCUGUGCUUCAGCCCCAAGAAUGGGGCCAAGUGACCUCGCCCUAUGAAGAUAUACGUUCACAUGUGACUGCUGAUUUGCUGUGGCUGAAAGAUUGGCUGCAUAGAAGGAGAAUUGACACUCGUUUAUGUCAGAAGAAGAAGAAGACUGUGCCUCUCAAGGUAUUUGAAGCCAGAUGCAUGUUGCAGUUAUGCCUAACCAAUGUGGAGGACUUACGCAGUCAACAGAAAGAACUGGAAACUCAAUGCCAUGAUCUGAGUCCUGUCUGUUGGAGAGAAAAGUGGGACCACGUUAGGGAAAUUCAGGUUCAGAUAAGUAACUGUUUGGAUACGCUGUGUGAUUCUGAAAGUGUAGACGCUUUGAGGAUAAACUUACUGAAACGCAGUAAGAAACGCCAGAGAGAGAGAAGGCGAAGAGCUUUACACCGAGAAGCUGCGAAGGAAUCCCGGGCCAGAAGACAACAUCUGCACCGGCAUAUCGACACCUGGCUUAAAAACAUGCAGGAAGUGGUUGAGGAAGCCAAGAGGGAAGAGAGCCUGAAGCACGAAGCAGAUCAAGUGCUGGCAGAGGUCACCCGCAAGAAGUCAGAGGCCCAGCGACAGAUAAACAUGUUGGCAGCAUUGCAAAAGCUUCGCCAUAUCAGAGCGCAGAUCGUGACGAACAGAGGCCAGCACGUGGAUGCAGAGAGUGGACUCAGAUUUGCGAGAGUCACAGAGCAUUUGGCAAAGUUGUGGCAGGACCAGUUGAAAGGCUACGACGUGGAGGAACAAGGCUUGCGAGUGAUGUUGGAUGCGGCUGUGGUGGAACGGACCAAGUCGGAGGUGUCGCAGGACAAGCAGAUACUGGCUGAAUGGGAAACUUUGCUGUUUGGGAAACGAGACGCAUGUAGCAGUUUCUACAAGGCAGCAGAGUGGGAUUUGGAUGCAUUUGUUGCACUGAGACAUUCUUGGGACCAGUUUGUGGCUUCCCCAGGGGUUGUAAUGUCAUCUUCAAUUCCUGUGGGCUGGGUCCUCCCAUGCAACCCAUCGUCAGAGGAAUGGGAAUCUCUUCUUACUAGCAGCAACAAUAAACACUUGAAAAUGUGAUGUACGUUUAAGUUCCAUCGAAAGAAGCUCCGUAACCUCACAAGAUAGAGUAUAAUGAGACAGGCAAGAUACAGGUUCUACACCAAAUAGGCAGAGUAAAAUAUAAAACUGGCGACCAUGUCUGUCGUGGUAUGCAAUUCUUGUGACAUAGAAACAUGGGACAGUUGUAAAAAAUUCUGGAGAUACUUCCAUUCUUGUAGCUCUCCUGCUAUAUACACUUCUACUCAUAUUUUUAAAUUCUUGACAGAGCAUCUUAUGACGUGUAACAGAACUAUCGCUUGGGGACAGCGCAGUACUCUGCUAUUUAAGCCGUAAUUUACUUUGUUCAGGCGAGAAAGAUCAGCCAUAAAAAUGCCUGUAUAUAUAAAAGUAAGCUACAAAUAAUGUGGGGGCGAUGAGAGAAGGUUAAUAAUUAUACUAUAUUAUUAUAAUUGAUGUUCUCUGCUAAUAUAACUGUAGUUAACAUUUACAAAAGUUUGACAGUGGGUCAUUCAUGUAAAGUCAGCAAAUGGAUGUCGCGUCACUGUCGCAGAAUAUUAAGUGGAGCUUCUGUGGCAUCACCAUUUGAGACAUUAAUGUUCAGGAAGUAUAAACAAAAUAAAAAUAUAAUGCUGUUGUCACAAAAUCAACACAGCAGUAACUUUUGAUGAGACUGACAUUAUUUUAUCCUGAAAUUGUAGAGCCAUGGGAAUACUUUUAGGGCAUUCGUCAACACUGAAGUUGCAGCUUCGCGUAUUCCUCGGAUAAUUGGGGUGAAGUUCUUUUGUACUGCACGACAGUCCAUUUGCAUACCUCAUUUACUUAGGUUUGUCAGGCCACACAGUUGCCAAUUCUACCAAAAUUGUAUUGCCACUUGGCAAAUAAUGUACUCAAAAUUCAGCAUUGCACUCCUACUCUACUCUGAAGGAACCACGUAUUUAUAACGUUUACUUAUAAACACGCCCCUCCUUACCUUAAGCAUAUGUAUGUUGAAGUUCACUCUCUUCUGGGAUAUGGCUGUGUAGUCUGGUAUUUUACUGACAUUUCAGAGGUGAUAUUCUCCAAAAUGUAAAUUUUUGUUACAGUUGAUUUUGUAAGCUUUCAUGCCACUUACAGAUUUUAUUUUCAGCCUGUAAUUCUCCCACAGUGGGACAUCCACACAAGUUUUUUUUUAAUGUGGUGCCAAAACAUUAUUUUGGUUCAGUUUUGUGAUUUUUUAACAUAUUUAAGGUAAUGUAGGUGAGUAAUGUUUUUCAAAACACUGUAACAAAAAUUGUAUGCAACCAAACAGAUUUGUUAUUAUCCCGAGUCACCUUAUGCUGUGAUUAGAUUUUUUGUGUUGUGUGGCAGACCAUAAUUGUUCCCAUCCAUGUGCAUGUCGUAAUACAAGUGUUAACUGUUCUCUAUCGAAACAUCAUCAAUGGAAGACCCACAGUGUAGACUCCAGGUUGUUACAUUGCUUCCUAAUUACAAGUGUCUCUUAAUUUCAUUGUGCAUCGGCUAGUGACGCUUUUUGUCCAUAAGCUCUUGUACGGGGCGCCCGUAACCCCUGAUUAGUCAACUGUCUGCAGGGCUAGUAACCUGUAUGUACUGGUGCUAAGACCUAAUUAAUUAACAUACCAUCCUAACAGUGGAUGUAGCUAGAAGGGCCAAGAAUAAUGCAGUUUGAACAAAUUAAUAUUGUGUUUAAAUUUAAGUAGUAAACAAUAUUACAGAUAAAGAGGGAGGACAUAACAUUGUCUUUUUAACAUACUAAGGUUUCACCAUGCACAAUAAAUGUAACUCAGAAUUAUGUUAGCCAUCAAUGGAUUUUAUGUAAAGAAUACAUUCAAUGUUUGUACCAA